UCAGGCUGUACAAGCCAAACUUUUCUCAGGCACGUUUCACCACCAGCAGUGUAUUUUCUUCCUGAGGGGAAAAUCUUCGUUUUCCAUUCUUCACCUGUUUGCUUCCAGUCAAACAGCCGAGAUGAACCAGAGCAAGCCGGAGUUCGAGCCUUUUCAGUAUUCCUACUACGACUACGCCGACUGGUACUCCAACCCGGAGCCGACCAAACCCCCGAAGGAAGUCAUUUUACCCUGUGAUCCGACUGCAGAUGAGAAAUAUUUCCACAUAUGCAUCCUGUCAAUAUCUUUUGUGAUGAUGCUAAUCAUGGCAGCUCUCACCCGGAAGAACAAACUGUGCCAGGGGUUCGCACGAGGGUCAUCCAGCAUUUUCAGUCCAGCUAACUUCCUGGACCAGACCCAGCAGAAGGGCCUGGUCAUGGCUGUGUUUGGUCUGGUCUUCAGUAAGCUGGCCAUGCUGAUGAUCGCCCCGGAUCCGCUGCCCUUCAUCACAGACACUCCAGCAAACAUCAAAGAGUACAUGAAGAUAAUUGCCAUCUUCUACUAUCCGGUCCUGUACUAUCCUCUGCUGGUCUGCGGCACGCUGCAGCGCAACGCGGGUUACGUGUUUGGGACGCUGCUGUCCUUCACUCACUUUGGGGUCCUGGUAUGGCAGAAAUUUGACUGUCCAAAGACGCCAGAGAUCUAUAAGUUCUAUGCCCUCCUUGCCAGUCUGCCCCAGCUGGCCUGUCUGGCGUAUCUCUGUGUUCAGUUUCCUGUGCUGUUUGUGAAAGGACCAAAGACUGACGUGGAUCUUGACAGCAGCUACUACACCGACUACGUUAAGUCACUCCUCAAGAAAAAGUCUUCAGCCGUUAGCAGCUCUUCAGAAACAGACAAACCGUCGCUGGUGGAGAGAAUACUGGAGGUGCCAAAAAAUUACAUUUAUUUACCUGAAAAAGUGUUCCAGUUCCCAGUGAAGCUGGCUGUGUUGUCUUUUGUUACCUGUGUGGCCAUCUAUCACACUGCGCUGCUGUUGGUUGUCCUGGUGGUUCCAACUCUACACAUCGUCCGCGCAGGAAUAGAUGAAAACAUCGCCUUCCUGUUGCUGGGAUUUGGGAUUAUUCUGUCCGAAGACAGGAUGGAGGUCGUCAGAAUCGUGACUUUCUACACCUGGUUACUGGAAGUGUGCUACCUCUGUGCCAUGACGCUGUCUUGUUUGGUCAGUCUCAUAAUGCUAAUGAGGUCCAUGGUUCUUCACAGAUCGAACCUGAAAGGGCUGUAUAAAGGAGACGCGUAUAAGAACUACAACACCCAGAAGACCAUCAGUCCGUCCAGAUGUGGAGUUUUCUGCUGGAUGGGUUUAACCGGAUAUCAAGCUGCGAUCGUUUGCCUCGGAAUGGCCAUCCAGACCCUUGUGUUUUUCAUCUGCUUCUUAUUUCUGGUGUUUUUAAUCAUCAUCCCUAUUUUUUAUGGCCGUAACAUUAUCGUUUUUGAAGUUGCAGGAAAAUCAUGGCCGGUUUGGGUGACAGUCGUACUGGUUACAGUGCUUCAACAUGUGACUGCUCAGUUUUUCUUUGUCAAAAAGGAUUCUGGUACAAGGGAUUUAAACAACAGAGAGAGCCUCUUCCUCCUGACCUACCUGCUGUUUGUGGUGAACGUCGUUGUGGGUCUGAUUGUUGGUAUUUGGAGAAUUGUGAUAACGGCCUUGUUCAACAUUGUCCACUUCGGUCGGAUUGACAUCAGUCUCCUCCAUCGCACCGCAGAGUCCUACGAUCCAGCCUACAGAUACUACACCCAGUUCCUGAAGGUGGAGGUGAGUCAGUCCCACCCGGUGCUGAAGGCGUUCUGCGGACUCCUGCUGGACGUGAUGGUUGAGUUCGGCAGAGGAGGACAGAAAACACGAGAUGCAGAAGAAGGAGCCCAGGAGAACCGACCCAACAAGGCGGCCAGCAGUCGGAGGAUUCGCGCUCGCUGGCAGCUGCUGUACACGCUGGUGAACAACCCGUCCCUGCUGGGCUCCAGGAAACACUUCCAGACCCUGCAGACGUCGGAGAGCGUCCCGAACGGCACGCCCAACCGCAGCUCCAAGAAGGAGGCGGAAAAGGCGGAAGCCGAGGCCGCCCCGUCCUCUGAGGGCACGUCGAGUCGAGAUGAAACUGAAUGAGAGCGCUAUCAUGUGCAACAGUUUGUAAAGUUACACAGUAAAAUAUGAACAGCAAGAGUUUGGUUUACUUAGCCUGUCGUAAGGAAAAAGAUAUGGCUGGGAUCAUUUUCAGGUACAUUUUCACCAAGUUAGACAUUUCACAGAUAUCAGAGUUCCAAAUUAAACAUUUAAUUCACUAAAUUAAAUAUUUAGUUAUCAA